AUAUAACGGUCCACAUUUCGCUUCCUCUUUAUCCACACAUCGCCGUUUUCUUCACUUCAACUCUUGUAACCAGAAGACCCAAAUCCAAAAAUGGCUUCUUUAUCUAUGUUAUCGUGCAGUUUAAAGUUUUGUCACUUCUCUCCAAUUCGCCCCUCUCGUUGCUCCUAUUCUCCCCUCCAACUCACUUCAAAGCUUCAGAAUUCGCUCAAACUCACCUUCACUCACCACAUUUCUCCAUCUUCUUCUCUUCUUCUUCGUAGCAACAAUCUCUCCGAAUCAACACUGGUCGCCCAAACUCGGCCCCGAACUGUCACUGUUUUCGCUGCCAAAGGCUACAAAAUGAAGACCCACAAGGCAUCGGCGAAGAGGUUUAGGGUGACUGGUAGAGGGAAAAUAGUGAGGAGGAGAGCUGGAAAGCAACAUUUGUUGGCUAAGAAGAACACCAAGAGAAAAUUACGCCUAUCUAAAAUGCAUCCGGUUAGCCGAAGUGACUACGACAAUGUUCUCGGCGCCCUACCAUAUCUCAAAGUCAAUAGAAAUGCAAAAUAAAAGCAAUCAUACAUUUUGCAGAAGACAUGUAUUUUCAUUUUCAUGAAAUAUUUUUACAUUCAUGUAAUUCCAAUUGUUUUAUUCUCCCAAUCCAGGCAAGGAUAGUUGAAUUUUCCUACUUUGAAA